GAUCCAUUUAGUGACAAGAGCAGAAAAUUACACGACGAGAGAAACUCAAAGUUUGACAGUUUUUGUUCCACUGAAUCGUCUGAAACAAUCAAUAAAUUCAUUGUGAAGUAUUUUGUAGGUGAUAUUCUAGUCAGUAAAGAGGAACAUCAACAGUUCUUGACAGGUGUUCAGUGGACUGUUCAGAUGAUGUCAUGGACUCCACAAAGGAUCUCAGUGGACAGACAGACACAGGGAAGGUCAAGAGUGUCAUUCAUGGAGAAUCUCCUGAAUCCAGCUGUGUGUCCAUGAAGAGUGACCGGUCAAUGGAUGCUCCACAUAAAUUCAGUUCAGGAGCCCCUUGUGCUGAUGUGAGUGUCAUUCAUGGAGAAUCUCCUGAACCCAGCUGUGUGUCCAUGAAGAGUGACGGGUCAAUGAAUCAUCCAUUUAACUUCAGUUCAGGAGAGUCUUUGAUCAACUACAGAAACAAACAGGAUGAAUCAGAGUCAACUGCUGGGAAAGUGCCAUUGGACUCCAUUUUUGUGGAUCUUGAGCACAAAAUCAUCUCUCUGAUGAAGAAAGAGCUGAAGAGUUUCAAGAGACUACUGAUCUCAGAUUCCCCAGCAUGCUCUGAGAGAGAGGAGGAGGAUGAUGAAGGUCAGAGCAGAGUCAGAGAGGGGUUUCUGAAGAUCACACUGCACGUCCUGAAGAAGAUGAAGCAGACAGACCUCGCUAACACACUUCAAACCAAACUGAUUUCUGUGCAUCAACAAAAACUCAAAACAAAACUAAAAGAGAAAUUCCAGAGAAUUACUGAAGGAAUGUCAAAUCAAAGCAGCUCAACACUUGUGAAUGAGAUCUACACAGAGCUGUACAUCACAGAGGGAGGGAGUGCAGAGAUCAAUAAUGAACAUGAGGUGAGACAGAUUGAGACAGCAUCCAGGAGAGCAGAGACACAGGAAACACCAAUCAAAUGCAAUGACAUCUUUAAAGCCUUACCUGGACAAGACAAAGCCAUCAGAACUGUGCUGACUAAAGGAGUUGCUGGAAUUGGGAAAACUGUCUCUGUGCAGAAGUUCAUUGUGGACUGGACUGAAGGAAAAGCAAAUCAGGAUGUUCACUUCAUAUUUCCACUUCCUUUCAGAGAGCUCAAUCUGAUGAAGCACAAAAAUAUCAGUUUGAUGGAUCUUCUUCAUCAGUUUUUCACAGAUACAAAAGAACUGAGAGAAUUGAAAACAUUCCUUGAUGACUACAAAGUCAUUUUCAUUUUUGAUGGUCUGGAUGAGUGUCGACUUCCUCUAGAUUUCCAGAACAAUGAUAUUUUGUGUGAUGUGACAGAAUCGGCCUCAGUGGAUGUGCUGCUGACCAACCUCAUCAAGGGGAAUCUGCUUCCUUCUGCUCUGCUCUGGAUCACCUCUCGACCAGCAGCAGCCAAUCAGAUUCCUCCUGAGUGUGUUGACCAGCUCACAGAUGUACGAGGCUUCAAUGACCCUCAGAAGGACGAGUAUUUCAGGAAGAGAAUAAAAGAUGAGCGUCUGGCCAACAGAAUCAUCACACACAUGAAAUCAUCAAGAAGCCUGUACAUCAUGUGUCACAUACCAGUCUUCUGUUGGAUUUCAGCCACUGUUCUCCAGAGACUGUUGAGUGAAGCAGAGAGUGCAGAGAUCCCCAAGACUCUCACUCAAAUGUUCACACACUUCCUGAUCUUUCAGAGCAAACUGAAGAGCCAGAAGUAUGAUGGGAAAUGUGAGGUGGAUCUUCAGCAGGCUAGAAAGAGGAUUCUGUCUCUGGGAAAACUGGCUUUUCAACAGCUGGAAAAAGGGAACCUGAUCUUCUAUGAGGAGGACCUGAGAGAGUGUGGCAUUGAUGUCAGAGAAGCGUCAGUGUACUCGGGAGUUUGUACCCAAAUCUUCAGAGAGGAGUUUGGACUGCACCUGGGGAAGGUGUUCAGCUUUGUGCAUCUGAGCAUUCAGGAGUUUCUCGCUGCUCUGUAUGCUUUUAUUUCCAUUUCCAACAGAACAUCAGGUCUCUUCAGUAAGUUUAGGUCAUCUAUGAGUGAUCUCCUGAAGAGUGAAGUUGACAAGGCCUUACAGAGUGAGAACGGACACCUGGACCUUUUCAUUCGAUUCCUUCUGGGUCUCUCACUGAAGUCCAAUCAGACAAUCUUACGAGACCUACUGACACAGACAGGAAGCAGCUCUGACAGCAAACAGGAAAUAGUUAAGUACAUUAAGAUGAAGAUCAGGAAGAAUCCCUCUCCAGAGAAAUCCAUCAAUCUGUUCCACUGUCUGAAUGAACUCAAUGAUCAUUCUCUAGUGCAGGAAGUACAAACAUACGUGAACAGAAGAGAUAUCAAUCGUCUCUCUGGAGUCCGUCUCUCUCCUGCUCAGUGGUCAGCUCUGGUGUUUGUGUUGCUGAACUCAGAAGAGGAGCUGGAUCAGUUUAAUCUGAGGAAAUAUGAUCCAUCACAUGAAUGUCUUCUGAGGCUGCUGCCGGUGAUCAAAGCAUCCAGAAAAGCUGAUUUGAUGGGCUGUAAUCUGACAGAGCAAAGUUGUUCAGCACUGGCCUCAGUUCUCAGCUCAAACUCCUCAAGUCUGAGAGAGCUGGAUCUGAGUAAUAAUGACCUGCAGGUUUCAGGAGUGAAGCUGCUCUCUGAUGCACUGAAGAGUCCUCAUUGUAUACUGGAAAUACUGAGAUUUGCAGAUUGUAGAUUCACUGGUAAGUGCUGUGAAAGUUUGUCUUCAGUUCUACAAUCAUCAAAAUCACUGAGAGAGCUGGAUCUGAGUAACAAUGACCUGCAGGAUUCAGGAGUGAAUCUGCUCUCUGAUGCACUGAAGAGUCCUCACUGUACACUGGAAAUACUGAGAUUUGCAGCUUGUAGAUUCACUGAUCAGUGCUGUGAAAGUUUGUCUUCAGUUCUACAAUCAUCAAAAUCACUGAGAGAGCUGGACCUGAGUAACAAUGGCCUGCAGGAUUCAGGAGUGAAGCUGCUCUCUGAUGCAUUGAAGAGUCCUCACUGUACACUGGAAAUACUGAGAUUUGCAGCUUGUAGAUUCACUGGUCAGUGCUGUGAAAGUUUGUCUUCAGUUCUACAAUCAUCAAAAUCCCUGAGAGAGCUGGACCUGAGUAACAAUGACCUGCAGGAUUCAGGAGUGAAGGUGCUCUCUGAUGCACUGAAGAGUCCUCACUGUAUACUGGAAACACUGAGAUUUGCAGCUUGUAAAUUCACUGAUCAGUGCUGUGAAAGUUUGUCUUCAGUUCUACAAUCAUCAAAAUCCCUUAGAGAGCUGGACCUGAGUAACAAUGACCUGCAGGAUUCAGGAGUGAAGCUGCUCUCUGAUGCACUGAAGAGUCCUCACUGUAUACUGGAAAUACUGAGAUUUGCAGCUUGUAGAUUCACUGAUCAGUGCUGUGAAAGUUUGUCUUCAGUUCUACAAUCAUCAAAAUCCCUGAGAGAGCUGGACCUGAGUAACAAUGACCUGCAGGAUUCAGGAGUGAAGCUGCUCUCUGAUGCACUGAAGAGUCCUCACUGUACACUGGAAAUACUGAGAUUUGCAGCUUGUAGAUUCACUGGUCAGUGCUGUGAAAGUUUGUCUUCAGUUCUACAAUCAUCAAAAUCCCUGAGAGAGCUGGACCUGAGUAACAAUGACCUGCAGGAUUCAGGAGUGAAGCUGCUCUCUGAUGCACUGAAGAGUCCUCACUGUACACUGGAAAUACUGAGAUUUGCAGCUUGUAGAUUCACUGAUCAGUGCUGUGAAAGUUUGUCUUCAGUUCUACAAUCAUCAAAAUCCCUGAGAGAGCUGGACCUGAGUAACAAUGACCUGCAGGAUUCAGGAGUGAAGCUGCUCUCUGAUGCACUGAAGAGUCCUCACUGUACACUGGAAAUACUGAGAUUUGCAGCUUGUAGAUUCACUGAUCAGUGCUGUGAAAGUUUGUCUUCAGUUCUACAAUCAUCAAAAUCCCUGAGAGAGCUGGACCUGAGUAACAAUGACCUGCAGGAUUCAGGAGUGAAGCUGCUCUCUGAUGCACUGAAGAGUCCUCACUGUACACUGGAAAUACUGAGAUUUGCAGCUUGUAGAUUCACUGGUCAGUGCUGUGAAAGUUUGUCUUCAGUUCUACAAUCAUCAAAAUCCCUGAGAGAGCUGGAUCUGAGUAACAAUGACCUGCAGGAUUCAGGAGUGAAGCUGCUCUCUGAUGCACUGAAGAGUCCUCACUGUACACUGGAAAUACUGAGAUUUGCAGAUUGUAGAUUCACUGGUCAGUGCUGUGAAAGUUUGUCUUCAGUUCUACAAUCAUCAAAAUCCCUGAGAGAGCUGGACCUGAGUAACAAUGACCUGCAGGAUUCAGGAGUGAAGCUGCUCUCUGAUGCACUGAAGAGUCCUCACUGUACACUGGAAAUACUGAGAUUUGCAGCUUGUAGAUUCACUGAUCAGUGCUGUGAAAGUUUGUCUUCAGUUCUACAAUCAUCAAAAUCCCUUAGAGAGCUGGACCUGAGUAACAAUGACCUGCAGGAUUCAGGAGUGAAGCUGCUCUCUGAUGCACUGAAGAGUCCUCACUGUACACUGGAAAUACUGAGAUUAUCUGGCUGUAUGGUGACAGAGGAAGGCUGUUGUUCUGUGUCAUCAGCUCUGAGAUCAAAUCUCUCAUGCCUGAAAGAGCUGGAUCUGAGCUACAAUCACCCAGGAGAAUCAGGAGUCAAGCUGCUCUCUGAAAGACUCAAUGAUCCAAACUGCACACUGGACAAACUUAAUGUCACUCAUGGAGAAUCUCCUGAACCCAGCUGUGUGUCCAUGAAGAGUGAUGGGUCAAUGGAUGAUCCACCUAAAUUCAGUUCAGGAGAGUCUUUGAUCAACUACAGAAACAAACAGGAUGAAUCAGAGUCAACUGCUGGGAAAGCAACCAUGGCACCAUUGGACUCCAUUUUUGAGGAACUUGAGCACAAAAUCAUCUCUCUGAUGAAGAAAGAGCUGAAGAGUUUCAAGAGACUACUGAUCUCAGAUUCCCCAGCAUGCUCUGAGAGAGAGGAGGAGGAUGAUGAAGGUCAGAGCAGAGUCAGAGAGGGGUUUCUGAAGAUCACACUGCACGUCCUGAAGAAGAUGAAGCUGACAGACCUCGCUAACACACUUCAAACCAAACUGAUUUCUGUGCAUCAACAAAAACUCAAAACAAAACUAAAAGAGAAAUUCCAGAGAAUUACUGAAGGAAUGUCAAAUCAAAGCAGCUCAACACUUGUGAAUGAGAUCUACACAGAUCUGUACAUCACAGAGGGAGGGAGUGCAGAGAUCAAUAAUGAACAUGAGGUGAGACAGAUUGAGACAGCAUCCAGGAGAGCAGAGACACAGGAAACACCAAUCAAAUGCAAUGACAUCUUUAAAGCCUUACCUGGACAAGACAAAGCCAUCAGAACUGUGCUGACUAAAGGAGUUGCUGGAAUUGGGAAAACUGUCUCUGUGCAGAAGUUCAUUGUGGACUGGACUGAAGGAAAAGCAAAUCAGGAUGUUCACUUCAUAUUUCCACUUCCUUUCAGAGAGCUCAAUCUGAUGAAGCACAAAAAUAUCAGUCUUAUGGAUCUUCUUCAUCAGUUUUUCACAGAUACAAAAGAACUGAGAGAAUUGAAAACAUUCCUUGAUGACUACAAAGUCAUUUUCAUUUUUGAUGGUCUGGAUGAGUGUCGACUUCCUCUAGAUUUCCAGAACAAUGAUAUUUUGUGUAAUGUGACAGAAUCAGCCUCAGUGGAUGUGCUGCUGACCAACCUCAUCAAGGGGAAUCUGCUUCCUUCUGCUCUGCUCUGGAUCACCUCUCGACCAGCAGCAGCCAAUCAGAUUCCUCCUGAGUGUGUUGACCAGCUCACAGAUGUACUGGGCUUCAAUGACCCUCAGAAGGACGAGUAUUUCAGGAAGAGAAUAAAAGAUGAGCGUCUGGCCAACAGAAUCAUCACACACAUGAAAUCAUCAAGAAGCCUGUACAUCAUGUGUCACAUACCAGUCUUCUGUUGGAUUUCAGCCACUGUUCUCCAGAGACUGUUGAGUGAAGCAGAGAGUGCAGAGAUCCCCAAGACUCUCACUCAAAUGUUCACACACUUCCUGAUCUUUCAGAGCAAACUGAAGAGCCAGAAGUAUGAUGGGAAAUGUGAGGUGGAUCUUCAGCAGGCUAAAAAGAGGAUUCUGUCUCUGGGAAAACUGGCUUUUCAACAGCUGGAAAAAGGGAACCUGAUCUUCUAUGAGGAGGACCUGAGAGAGUGUGGCAUUGAUGUCAGAGAAGCGUCAGUGUACUCGGGAGUUUGUACCCAAAUCUUCAGAGAGGAGUUUGGACUGCACCUGGGGAAGGUGUUCAGCUUUGUGCAUCUGAGCAUUCAGGAGUUUCUCGCUGCUCUGUAUGCUUUUAUUUCCGUUUCUCAACAGAAAUCAGGUCUCUUCGGUAAGUUUAGGUCAUCUAUAAGUGAUCUUCUGAAGAGUGAAGUGGACAAGGCCUUACAGAGUGAGAACGGACACCUGGACCUUUUUAUUCGAUUCCUUCUAGGUCUCUCACUGAAGUGCAAUCAGACAAUCUUACGAGACCUACUGACACAGAGAGGAAGCAGCUCUGACAGCAAACAGGAAAUAGUUGAGUACAUUAAGAUGAAGAUCAGGAAGAAUCCCUCUCCAGAGAAAUCCAUCAAUCUGUUCCACUGUCUGAAUGAACUCAAUGAUCAUUCUCUAGUGCAGGAAGUGCAAACCUACGUGAACAGAAGAGAUAUCAAUCGUCUCUCUGGAGUCAGUCUCUCUCCUGCUCAGUGGUCAGCUCUGGUGUUUGUGUUGCUGAACUCAGAAGAGGAGCUGGAUCAGUUUAAUCUGAGGAAAUAUGAUCCAUCACAUGAAUGUCUUCUGAGGCUGCUGCCGGUGAUCAAAGCAUCCAGAAAAGCUGAUUUGAUGGGCUGCGAUCUGACAGAGCAAAGUUGUUCAGCACUGGCCUCAGUUCUCAGCUCAAACUCCUCAAGUCUGAGAGAGCUGGAUCUGAGUAAUAAUGACCUGCAGGACUCAGGAGUGAAGCUGCUCUCUGAUGCACUGAAGAGUCCUCACUGUACACUGGAAAUACUGAGAUUUGCAGCUUGUAGAUUCACUGAUCAGUGCUGUGAAAGUUUGUCUUCAGUUCUACAAUCAUCAAACUCACUGAGAGAGCUGGACCUGAGUAACAAUGACUUGCAGGAUUCAGGAGUGAAGCUGCUCUCUGAUGCACUGAAGAGUCCUCACUGUACACUGGAAAUACUGAGAUUUGCAGCUUGUAGAUUCACUUAUCAGUGCUGUGAAAGUUUGUCUUCAGUUCUACAAUCAUCAAAAUCCCUUAGAGAGCUGGACCUGAGUAACAAUGACCUGCAGGAUUCAGGAGUGAAGCUGCUCUCUGAUGCACUGAAGAGUCCUCACUGUAUACUGGAAACACUGAGAUUUGCAGCUUGUAGAUUCACUGAUCAGUGCUGUGAAAGUUUGUCUUCAGUUCUACAAUCAUCAAAAUCCCUGCGAGAGCUGGACCUGAGUAACAAUGACCUGCAGGAUUCAGGAGUGAAGCUGCUCUCUGAUGCACUGAAGAGUCCUCACUGUAUACUGGAAAUACUGAGAUUUGCAGCUUGUAGAUUCACUGAUCAAUGCUGUGAAAGUUUGUCUUCAGUUCUACAAUCAUCAAAAUCCCUUAGAGAGCUGGACCUGAGUAACAAUGACCUGCAGGAUUCAGGAGUGAAGCUGCUCUCUGAUGCACUGAAGAGUCCUCACUGUAUACUGGAAAUACUGAGAUUUGCAGCUUGUAGAUUCACUGAUCAGUGCUGUGAAAGUUUGUCUUCAGUUCUACAAUCAUCAAAAUCCCUGCGAGAGCUGGACCUGAGUAACAAUGACCUGCAGGAUUCAGGAGUGAAGCUGCUCUCUGAUGCACUGAAGAGUCCUCACUGUAUACUGGAAAUACUGAGAUUUGCAGCUUGUAGAUUCACUGAUCAGUGCUGUGAAAGUUUGUCUUCAGUUCUACGAUCAUCAAAAUCACUGAGAGAGCUGGACCUGAGUAACAAUGACCUGCAGGAUUCAGGAGUGAAGCUGCUCUCUGAUGCACUGAAGAGUCCUCACUGUACACUGGAAAUACUGAGAUUUGCAGCUUGUAGAUUCACUGAUCAGUGCUGUGAAAGUUUGUCUUCAGUUCUACGAUCAUCAAAAUCACUGAGAGAGCUGGACCUGAGUAACAAUGACCUGCAGGAUUCAGGAGUGAAGCUGCUCUCUGAUGCACUGAAGAGUCCUCACUGUACACUGGAAAUACUGAGUUUGAGUGAUUGUGAUGUCACAGAUGAAGGUUGUGCUGCUCUGACUUCAGCUCUGAGAUCAAACCCCUCACACCUGAGAAAACUGAAUAUGUCUGAUAAUAAACUGAGAGAUUCAGGAGUGAAGCUGAUCUCUGAUGUACUGAAGGAUCCUCACUGUAAACUGGAGACACUGUGGUUGAGAGAUUGUGAUGUCACAGAUGAAGGUUGUGCUGCUCUGACUUCAGCUCUGAGAUCAAACCCCUCACACCUGAAUUAUUUGGAUCUGUCUUUGAAUAAUCUAAGAGAUUCAGGAGUGAAGCUGCUCUCUGAUGUACUGAAGAAUCCUGACUGUAAACUGAAGAUACUGGUGUUGAGUGAUUGUGAUGUCACAGAUGAAGGUUGUGCUGCUCUGACUUCAGCUCUGAGAUCAAACCCCUCACACCUGAAUUAUUUGGAUCUGUCUUUGAAUAAUCUAAGAGAUUCAGGGGUGAAGAUGCUCUCUGAUGUACUGAAGAAUCCUGACUGUAAACUGGAGACACUGUGGUUGAGAGAUUGUGAUGUCACAGAUGAAGGUUGUGCUGCUCUGACUUCAGCUCUGAGAUCAAACCCCUCACACCUGAGACAACUGUAUCUGUCUGGGAAUAAACUAAGAGAUUCAGGAGUGAAGCUGCUCUCUGAUGUACUGAAGAAUCCUGACUGUAAACUGGAGACACUGUGGUUGAGUGAUUGUGAUGUCACAGAUGAAGGUUGUGCUGCUCUGACUUCAGCUCUGAGAUCAAACCCCUCAAACCUGAAAGAACUGCAUCUGUCUAGGAAUAAACUAAGAGAUUCAGGAGUGAAGCUGCUCUCUGAUGAACUGAAGAAUCCUGACUGUAAACUGGAGAAACUGGUGUUGAGUGAUUGUGAUGUCACAGAUGAAGGUUGUGCUGCUCUGACUUCAGCUCUGAGAUCAAACCCCUCACACCUGAAAGAACUGUAUCUGUCUAGGAAUAAACUAAGAGAUUCAGGAGUGAAGCUGCUCUCUGAUGUACUGAAGAAUCCUCACUGUAAACUGGAGAAACUGUGGUUGAGUGAUUGUGAUGUCACAGAUGAAGGUUGUGCUGCUCUGACUUCAGCUCUGAGAUCAAACCCCUCACACCUGAGACAACUGUAUCUGUCUGAGAAUAAAAUAAGAGAUUCAGGAGUGAAGCUGCUCUCUGAUGUACUGAAGGAUCCUGACUGUAAAAUGGAGAUACUGGAGUUGAGUGAUUGUGGUGUCACAGAUGAAGGUUGUGCUGCUCUGACUUCAGCUCUGAGAUUAAACCCCUCACACCUGAGAAAUCUGGAUCUGUCUUUGAAUAAACUAAGAGAUUCAGGAGUGAAGCUGCUCUCUGAUGGACUGAAGAAUCCUCACUGUAAACUGGAGAAACUGGAGUUGAGUGAUUGUGAUGUCACAGAUGAAGGUUGUGCUGCUCUGACUUCAGUUCUGAGAUCAAACCCCUCACACCUGAGAAAUCUGGAUCUGUCUGGGAAUAAACUAAGAGAUUCAGGAGUGAAGCUGCUCUCUGAUGGACUGAAGAAUCCUCACUGUAAACUAGAGACACUGUGGUUGAGAGAUUGUGAUGUCACAGAUGAAGGUUGUGCUGCUCUGACUUCAGUUCUGAGAUCAAACCCCUCACACCUGAGAAAACUGUAUCUGUCUGAGAAUAAACUAAGAGAUUCAGGAGUGAAGCUGCUCUCUGAUGGACUGAAGAAUCCUCACUGUAAACUGGAGGAACUGUGGUUGAGUUAUUGUGAUGUCACAGAUGAAGGUUGUGCUGCUCUGACUUCAGCUCUGAGAUCAAACCCCUCACACCUGAGACAACUGUAUCUGUCUGGGAAUAAACUAAGAGAUUCAGGAGUGAAGCUGCUCUCUGAUGGACUGAAGAAUCCUCACUGUAAACUGGAGAUACUGGUGUUGAGUUAUUGUGAUGUCACAGAUGAAGGUUGUGCUGCUCUGACUUCAGCUCUGAGAUCAAACCCCUCACACCUGAGACAACUGUAUCUGUCUAGGAAUAAACUAAGAGAUUCAGGAGUGAAGCUGCUCUCUGAUGGACUGAAGAAUCCUCACUGUAAACUGAAGAUACUGUGGUUGAGUGAUUGUGAUGUCACAGAUGAAGGUUGUGCAGCUCUGACAUCAGCUCUGAGAUCAAACCCCUCACACCUGAAAGAACUGUAUCUGUCUGGGAAUAAACUAAGAGAUUCAGGAGUGAAGCUGCUCUCUGAUGGACUGAAGAAUCCUCACUGUAAACUGGAGACACUGUGGUUGAUGUAUUGUGAUGUCACAGAUGAAGGUUGUGCUGCUCUGACUUCAGCUCUGAGAUCAAACCCCUCACACCUGAGAAAACUGUAUCUGUCUGGGAAUAAUCUAGGAGAUUCAGGAAUGAAGCUGCUCUCUGAUCUAAAACAUGAUCCGCAUUAUAAACUGGAGACACUGAUGUUUUAGAUGGACGUCUCUUUGAGAACUGAUUGUGAACCAUAAUUAUUAUGAAGAAAACAGAGACAUCACAGUCAACAGAGACAAACUGACCUGACACACUGAUGUGUGUAACUUAUAUAAUUAAUCCAAACACCUGCUGAAGUGACAGUGAAACAAUGAAACCUUUUGUUUCUUCCUCAAGUGUCUUUUAUGGGUCAAUGACAAAUAAAUAUGUCUAAAUUAUAAAAUGGGGAAAUCUUUUAAAACUCCAGUUUAAAACACAUGUAUACAUUUGUAUAGAUAUUAUAUUUGUAUUCAUAUUGUUUUUGAAUAAUUUUUUGACCUUUUUAAUGUUUUUUUAAAUAACAAUAAAAGAUUAAAACUGCUUAU